AUUCGCCUUCGUCCAUCUGAAUGCAACGUUAAGCUGUAACAAUUUAACAGUAAUGACUACAAUGUACUUACGUACAAAAGUUAAUGUGAAUUUUUACCGUCACUCUUUUGAUAAUUUGGCACAAUGUGAAAAAAACUGCACAGAAAAUGUUCUUGUUAAAUUACAUACUGCUUGUAGGCCUAAAAAUUGGCACAAAAAUAAAUACUUAAAAGUAAAUUAACAAAGUAUUUGUACUUUAGUACUUUCUCACUGCUGUUCACAAAGCAAUGGGAACGCUUUUUGUUCUUACUUUUAUCUAAGUAAAGGAGUUGAGUCAGUACUUGUACAUUUAUCCGAGUAUUUUUGUUUUGUUUGUUUGUUUGUUUGUUUGUUUUACGUACAGGGUGCGAGUACUUUUGCUACCACCGAUUUGGAUAUUUCCCCAUUCCGUGAACGUUCACCGUCAUUGUUUUGCUACUUUUUCUUCCGGUGAAACAGCGACGUGCGAUGGAGGGAUGCGGUAAUGCAUCUAGUUUUCCUAGCUCCGUUUACGGAAACACUUUGGACGUCAACAAGUGUGCAGGCUUGUGCUGCGGGGUUCACUUCAGUACGUGAGGCGUUGCAUGCGUGCUCCUGCUUCCCAAAUCCCAAGUAAGAACGGCGCCGAGGGGGUAGGUCGUGUUGUGUUUCUCAAGCGGAGUCCGCUCGAUCGAUGAAGACUCUGUUGCAUGUCCUCGAUGGAGCACGGCGUACUUUUUAAUCAUCUGCACCCUCAACGACUGUGACCGAUGCAAAGGCGACUGGAGGCUUGAUUGGGAAAAAAAAAACAUGAUUUCCAGCAAAAUCCAACCGGGAGCGUGCAGACUAUGGUUGACGCGUGUGACAUCCAGGCAGGAGCUGAGUAUGUCCACCUUCGUGCCCCCGCAGCCGGUGCCGCCCCUGGGUCAGACUCUGCAGGCGUACAUGAGAGGCCUGGAGCCCCUGAUACCCCCUGAAGAGCUCACCCACACCCGCAGGGUGAUGCGGGAGUUUUCCAGGCGCGGCGGUCUUGGCGCCGAGCUUCAGAGGGGCCUGGAGAGGAGGGCGAGAAAGACCGAGAACUGGAUCACAGACUGGUGGGUGCAGUGGGCCUACUUGGACAGUCGACUGCCGCUGCCUGUGCACUCCAACCCAGCCAUUUCUCUCCCCAGACGAGAUUACAAUGGCUGGCGGAGCCAACUGUUGUUUGCAUCCAAACUGAUUGUUGCAGUACUUGAGUUUAAGGCCAAACUUGACGCUGGCCGGCUGCCAGUGGAGUACAUGCGAGGCAGGCCUCUGUGCAUGGCGCUCUAUCCACUGCUCUUCUCUUCGUGUCGCAUCCCGGGGCCCAAACACGACUACGUCGCUCACCACGGGACCUCCCGACGAUCACCGACGCAUAUCACUGUGGUCAGGAACUAUCAGUUCUUCCAGCUGGAGGUGUACAACAGCGACGGCUCCCGCCUGACGGAGAGCCAAAUUCACGGGCAGCUGCUGAGGAUCAGAUCUCAGUCCUGGAAGACGGACAAGGAGCCGAUGGGGAUCCUGACCAGCGAGCAUCGCCACACGUGGGGCCAGGCCUACAACCGCCUGCUGAGAGAUAAACUUAACCGGGAAUCAGUGCAGGCAAUUGAGAAGGGACUUUUUUCGCUAUGUCUGGAUUCUCCAGUUAUGAGGAUAUCAGAUGAAAAAUACGCCAGCCGCAAAGCAGCCCAGGUCCUGCACGGAGGCGGGACCUUCUCCAACAGCGGCAACCGCUGGUUUGACAAAACUCUCCAGUUUGUGAUAGGUGAGGACGGCUCCUGGGGUCUCCUCUAUGAACAAGCCACAGCUGAAGGUCCGCCCAUAGCAACCCUACUGGAUUAUAUCCUGCGCUACUGUGAGAAUCCCGAGCCAAGGCGAGCACCACUGGUCCCGCUUCCGAUGCCUAAGAAGCUUUACUUCCAUAUAGACAGAGAAAUCAAGAGAGACAUUGAGAAUGCCAAGCAGAACCUUGAUAUACUGAUCAAUGACCUGGAUGUGAAUGUAUUCAACUUUAAGAAAUUUGGCAAAGACCUUCCUAAGCAGCACAAACUGAGUCCGAACUCCUUCAUCCAGGUGGCCCUGCAGCUGGCCUAUUACAGAGUUCACGGUGACGUUUGUGCCACCUGCGACAUCGCUUCUCAAAGGAUGUUUCGUAAAGGAAGAACCGAAUACAUCCGCUCGCCUUCAAGCCAGACACUCAAAUUCAUCCUUGCCUUCCUCGAUCCGUCCGUGUCGCGUGAAGCCGAGCUCCAACUAUUCACAGAAGCUGUUGAUGCCUACUCGGCUCUGACCGACCAGGUGCUUAAAGGACAUGGCAUAGACCGACACCUGCUGGGGCUCAAGCUGCAGGCCAUCGAAGACGGACUGAGCGUUCCCAAAAUCUUUAUGGAUACUGCCUUUGGCCUAGCGACUCAUUGGAAGCUUCGAACUGGGCAGGUGCCUGCGAACACAGACAGUGUGAUGUGUUUUGGUCCCCUGGUUCCUGACGGUUACGCCAUAUGUUACAACCCGCAGUCUGACCACGUCCACUUUUCUAUAACGGCCUUCAACUGCUGUGAGGAGACAAAUGCAGAAACACUGGGUGUCGCCGUGAGGGAAACCUUGUGCCAACUGUACGAGCUACUGGAGCCUACUGUGUAGAGCUGCGGCAGACUUAAGACUUUCACUCCUAUGUAUUCUUAAGCAAAUUUACAAAAAUGUUUAUGAAGGGUUAUUUCUUGUAGAUUUUUUAGCAUUGUACAUUCACAGCUGCCCACUUUUCACGCUGUUUGUGUGGAAAAUAAAUCACAUUAACACUUCAGCAUUAAUCACAGGCAAAACGCGUGUAUAUGUGGUAGUUGGUGUGUUUGUGACGGACCAAAAUGUGGGAAAAAAUAUUGAUAGUAACAAAUGGUGCUGUUGCUUGAAUAAAACUGAUGUGGCCCUA